AUGUCACGUCGAGGUACUGCAGAAGAAAAAACUGCAAAAUCCGAUCCAAUAUAUCGUAAUCGAUUAGUUAACAUGUUGGUUAACCGUAUUCUGUAACACGGAAAAAAAUCAUUAGCUUAUCAAAUUAUCUAUCGAGCUAUGAAAAAGAUUCAACAAAAGACAGAAACGAAUCUGCUAUCUGUUUUACGUCAAGCAAUAUGUGGAGUAACUCCCGACAUAGCAGUAAAAGCAAAACGUGUAGGCGGAUCGACUCAUCAAGUUCCCAUUGAAAUAGGAUCUGCACAAGGAAAAACACUUGCGAUUCGUUGGUUAUUAGGGGCAUCACGAAAACGCCUAGGUCAAAAUAUGGCUCUCAAGUUAAGUUCUGAAUUAGUGGAUGCUGCCAAAGGGAGUGGCGAUGCCAUACGUAAAAAGGAAGAGACUCAUAGAAUGACAGAGGCAAAUAAAGCUUUUGCACAUUUUCAUUAAUCCAUAAACAUGAUAGGAUCUAUAUAGACACAUAGACCCAUGGAUCCAUACAUCUCGAUCGGAAAAGAAUCAAUAGAAAAAGAAAGAA